CGGCGACUUUCCGACACUUUUCCGGCGACUUUCCGGACACUUUUCCGGCGAUUUUUCCGGCCACUUCCGGUGACUUUCCGGCGACUUUUGGGCAACUUUUUCGGUCAUUUCCGACAACACUAUUUCAAGGAUGUCGAAUGAACCUAGACUCGAUUUUCAAAUCCUUGACUCAACUGGUUCGGAUUACCAUAGUUGGAAAACCGACGUUGAGAACCAUCUCACAUUAAAAGGGAUAUUGCCCAUAAUCCAGGCACCAAAUGCAGGCCUUGUGUUCCAACGAACACCCAUAAAACAUGCACAAGCAAUUAUCUUGAUGCGACGCCAUAUGGACAAAGCACUCAGAUUGGAGUAUAUGUCCAUCAAAGAUGCAAGGGACCUAUGGGUAGCGCUAGAAGAGCGCUUUGAUAAUAUCCAAGAUUCCCUCCUCCCUGACUUGAAGGUUCAAUGGAACAAUUUACGCUUCUCCGACUUCAAGUCUGUUGCUGAAUACAAUUCAGAAGCUCUUCGGCUAAGAGCCAUGCUGAAGUUCUGUGAAAAACCUCUCACAGAAGAAGAGCUAAUUGAGAAGACUCUCUCCACCUUCCCCGUCGCAGCAAUUAUACUAUCAAAGCAAUAUCGCACUGAAUAUAAUGCUGGACGACUUACGAAGUUCAAUGAGCUUAUCAAUAUUUUGUCGGUAGAUGAGAAGCACGACAAUAUCCUUGUAAAGAAUUAUAAUUCAAGGCCCGUAGGAACCAAAAGCGUUCGUGAGGCGAAUUAUAAUGCACCCAAGAAAGGGCGCAAGGAGCGGUACCCUACUAAUAAGGGGCAUGUAUACCCUAACAAGGGACAUGACGGACGCAUGGGUCCAUACAACCGCCCCAAUAAAGAAGGAAACCGCAACUUUGGAGUGGGCACACGUGGUGGCAAAUCCACACGUGGGAGAGGAGAAUAUAACAACACCAUGGGCCGUAACAAUGUGGGCCGUGGAGGUCGCAUAAUACGCCGUGGUAGUGGUAGCAACAACCCGCCUAGGGAAUAUCCACAACGUGCACCUCAAAUAAAGAAAGUCAACCACAAUGACGUGUGUCAUAGGUGUGGAUCAAUCGAGCAUUGGUUUAAGCAAUGCCAAGCAAGUACACAACUAGCUGCACGCUACAAGGAGUACAGGGAAAUGAGGGAGCAAGAAGCUCACCUUGCUGAAGAAGAUGAUGGUGAAGAUGUAAUUCUCACCAUAAAAGACUUCAAAGCUGAAAAUGAAGAGCACGAGGAUGCCGCAGACUUUGAUUAAAAUAGUCUUUUCUAUUUUCCAAUAAAACGGCAAAUGUGCCUUAGUCAAAUAACAAUUGACUCUUUCUUAUGUGGCGUACUCAAUGAAGUAUGAUGUCUAGGCAAGUAAUUGAGAUCGGGGUACUUAAGCGAGCCUCGCUCCACCAACAUCUCUAUACU